AUGAACUUCCAAUCGCGUGUAUCCACAGCCACCGUGCACGAACUUCUCUUCGCCGACGACUGCGCUCUGAACACCACCUCGGAAGAGGAGAUGCAACGGAACAUGGACCUAUUCUCCGCCGCCUGCGAGAACUUUGGGCUGGUCAUUAAUACGCAGAAGACGGUGGUGAUGCACCAACCACCACCCCACUCAGUCACAGCCCCCAACGCUCCGCCGCAUAUCAACGUGAAUGGGACUCAAAUGCAAGUGGUAGAGAACUUCCCGUACCUGGGCAGCACGCUCUCCCGCAACACCAAGAUCGACGACGAAGUCGCCAACAGGAUCUUGAAAGCCAGUCAAGCCUUCAGACGCCUCCAAAGCACAGUUUGGAAUCGUCAUGGUCUCCAAAUGAGCACGAAGCUGAAGAUGUACAAGGCCGUCAUCCUGCCGGCGUUACUGUACGGAGCAGAGACAUGGACGGUGUACACGAGACAGGCACGCCGACUGAACCACUUCCACCUCAGUUGUCUCCGCCGCAUCCUGAGGCUGAACUGGCAGGAGCGGCCACCUGGUGCGCAUGGACGACGAGCGACUACCCAAACGACUCUUCUACGGAGACGUCGCGACGGGUUCUCGCCGUCAAGGAGGCCAAAUUCGCCGUUACAAGGAUACUCUGAAGUCCUCCAUGAAGCGCCUGCAAAUCAACCCGACCAACUGGGAAGAGCUCGCUCGCGAUCGUCCGACAUGGAGGAGAACAGUGAAGACGGGCGCUGCUAUAUAUGAAGCCAACCGAAUCGCCGUCGCCAAAGCGAAACGCGAAGCCCGCAACUCACAACUUCGCCCAGUCCGCAACGCCGCCGCACAACCGUUUCCAACGUGUCCCCGAUGUCAACGGACAUUCCGGGCACGAAUCGGACUUGUUGGAGAUCUUCGAAUCAACUGCACCUCUCGAACUGCUCCAGCCAUUGUCCCCCCGCCCGCCUCUUCCUCGCCCUCUCUGCCGCCAACUAACUCUGACACUCCUUCUGCACCACCACUUCCAUCCUCCUCCACUGCCCCAGCGGCGGCCGUUCAAACUGCCGUCUCACACAUCACCAACCCAAACACAACAACCGACAUCACCACCCACACCUCUCCCGAUUCCAGUGACGAGGAUCAGGACUACACCUGCCCUCACUGCGACCGCACCUUCACCUCUCGCAUCGGCCUGGUCGGUCACUUGCGAAUCCAUCGCACAGAGACUGGCGAACCAGUGCCUGGAGCACCAACCUACACUCACUGCCCACACUGCCCUCGCACCUUCACGCAUCGCAUGGGUCUAUUCGGCCACAUGCGCAUCCACGAGACCGAAAUUGACCGCAGCCUUGAGACACCCACCCCGCCGAGCCCCACUCCCAAUCCAACACCUUGUGCACCCACUAACCACUCCCCAGCCGACAUCGACGCCACCGACCUUACCACCCCUCACUCCUCCCCUUCAUCCUCCUCUUCCUCCUUCACUGCCACAACGACGGCCACUUCGGCGUCUGUAGCGCAUGACUUCACCACAGCCGUACCUGACACAACAACAGGCACAACCCCUGCAACCUCCAUCAUCAGACGUGAGGGCCAGGACUACAUCUGCCCUCACUGCGAUCGCACCUUCACCUCACGCAUCGGCCUGGUCGGUCACUUGCGAAUCCAUCGCACAGAGACUGGCGAACCAGUGCCUGGCGUACCAACCUACACCCACCGCACUCGCCUCCGCUGCUCACACUGCCCUCGCACCUUCACGCAUCGCAUGGGUCUAUUCGGCCACAUGCGCAUCCACGACGACCUGCGGUAG